CGGCUUCCUCCUGUUGUUCCCUUCUGUUGUGAAGUCGGCCUCGACGAAACUCGCUCGCCGAGACAGGCAAAGCAGAAAAUUGGCUCCUUCUCCCGAGCGCCCCCCUCUCUCCUGUAACCGGGACCUGCAGGCCGAGGCCGCUUUCCGGGCCGCCGAGAUUUUACUAGCAACCAUCCAGAGUCACCCCAUCACUCCGCUGGGCGUCUAAGUGCCCUUCGCGAGUCGCCGAGCUUGAUUGGCACCUUGGCGCUCCGUCCUAUCAGCGACUUCUUCCGCCCGGCACACCACAAUCCCCUGCUCAGUCGGAUCCCCUCUCGACUUGCUCAACGCGGACCUGGUGCGUUCCAUCGGGUGGGCAGAGCGGCUAUUCAAAACCAUCACCACCCCAGAGGGCGCCGCUGCUCCGGGAUCCCUCUUCCUUCUCCCAGCUGGUCUCAUAUCAAAAUUCUUCCUUGAUUCCCUUCGGAACCCCCCAAGCUUGCCACCGGCUUCAAAGUGCUUCCCACCUCGUGCCUGUCCCGCCGUGCAACGCUUGUGUUGAGGAAGUGAAGACAGGUCUCUUCCUUCCUCUGUUCUUUCUCUAGCAUUUACUCUACACCCAAAUCAGAAAGAAGAAAAAGGAACAACAACACCAAUAACAAAGAAGGCGACUGACUACGUAUUCGACCCCGUUGUCGCCGACCAUGGGUCUCGAGGAGAAGAAGCGGCCAGCGGCCCUCAAUCUCACGCCUGCCCGCACCAUGUCGGCUACCUCGGUUUCCUCAACAGACUCCAACUCCACAUCGUCAUCACUAGCAAAGCCACCAAGAACGCCACGGUUUGCCGAAGCGACAGCCGUCCACUCGCCAGUUGAGCCGCAAAAGAUGCCUUUCUCCGACAGGCCUCAAGAGUCCCAAGCGCAACCAGGAGAUUCGCCACUGAAGAGCGCAAUGAAGGUACCGGGGACGCCAGGUCGCGCCCUGCAGAACCCCCUGAGCCCGACUUUCAGGGAGGAGCAGAUCUUGGAGGAUAAAGAGAAGGCGACCGAGAAGGAGCAGGCAAGGGAUCUGAAAAUCAAGAUACGGGUGCGGAUGGCCAAGUUUGCGCUCCGUGGGGUCAACUUCAGCUGCAGUCUGAUCAUCCUCGCCAUGAUCUCGUCGUCCUUUGCCAUCUUCAACGCUACCAAGCACCUUCCGGCCAUGAGCGGCCUGCCUCCAUGGGCCGAGAACACCAACGCGUGGCCGCAGAAGGUCGUGCUGGCCUGCUCCUGCGUGUCGCUGCUGAUCUGCAUCGCCGUCUUCGUCGGCUACUGCCGCGGCGGCCACCGCAGGGCCGAGAAGGUGGGCGUCUACUACACCCUCUUCGCGGUCGGCUGGUUCAUCUUCAGCAUGGCCAUGUGGGCCAUGGCCGCCGGCGUGCUCCAGGUCAGCCGGAACAACAGCAACAACAAGGACAUGUGGGGCUGGGCCUGCGUCGAGAACCGCCGGUCGACCCUGUUCCAGGACAAGGUGGACUACGCGCUGGUCUGCCGCCUGCAGGACUGGACGCUGAUCUGCAUCAUCAUCGAGCUGGUCGUCGAGGUCAUCAGCAUCACGCUCUACAGCAUCAUCUUCUACCGCUACUGGUCCAAGCGCAAGCUGCGCAAGUCCAUGGACAUGCGCGACAAGGCCCGCUCCGACCUCUACCUCGCCCAGCUCCGCACCCAGUCGGCGCCCAACACGCCCGGCUUCGGCCCCAAGUCGCCCGCCUUCUCGCAGUACGCCCUGUCCCCGCGCUUCCCGCCGUCGGCCUACAAGUCCCUCAACGACAUCGACGAGGAUGCCUCGCCCUUCACUCCGGGCGGCAACCGCCUGAUCGUACCCCAGUCGUCCUUCUCGCCCGCCCAGGCCGGCUUCAAGCUCCAGGCCCCGCCCGCCAAGGCCAACCCGGCCACGCCGGCCACGCCGAAGGCGGGCUACAAGCCGCCCACCGCCGCCGACUUGUCGCCCUCGACCGCCACCGCCGUCGCACCCGCGCCCCCGGUCCACGUCAACGAGCCCGCUCCUGUUGCCGAGGGCGAGCAGCAGUAUGAGGCCGUCCCCAUCCCGGGCGCCUACGCCGGGCAGGUCAUCAAGAGCCCGCCGCCGGUGCAGACGACCUUUAACCUUCCGGGGCGGAGUGAUUAAAAUGGACUGACGUGUCCAUUUCACUCCUUUACAUUCUUUCUUCUUUUUCUUCUUCUGUGGAUCUGCUGCCGCGGCUCUACCCCGUCCUUCCCGGGUUUCAUCUUUCCUUUAUUUUUAUUUUUCUGUGUGUUUUUUUCUUUCAUCCCCUCUUCUUAUCUCUGAGGUUUGCUGGACAUUUCGUGGCGUUGCGGGCAAAUACCAAACAAAGCGGGCUGGAACUCUUUCGACUGUGGAUUGGGCGACUUAGGUCUCUAAUAUGUUGCUGCUGGGGCAUGUUAUAUCAGCAGCGCUCGGCAUUGGCAAUGGCGGAGGGUCGGCGGACGACGACAACAAUGAGUGGAUGAGAGUCUAGACAGAUACCGAGAUCCGAAUAGGAAUACCGUUGGUCAGUCAACUCAACCGUCCUUGACUUUGUGAGCCGUGGUCCGAGACCGGCCUCGCCCGUGUUUGUCACC